GAGCUUGCUGUCCUUCGCUGUGUCGCUGCCACGGUGUUCAUUUCCUGUUCUGGUGAGUGAGCACGAGUCAAGACCGAUGAGAGCCAAUCAGUUCUCUUCCGACUCGGACUGCGUGAGGCAGCAGUCGACACUCUCACUCACAUUUUUCAGUUCCACCGGCAACUUCUGUAGUCACGUGUUCGGAAUCUCUGUUUAAACUUCGAACAAAGGAAAAACAGAAGACGCAAGAGUCUGCAUUGAAAGAAAUUGCCGGUUGGAAGGAAACUUCGCUCUACGGAAUAGAGAACAAGGACCUUUUCGGAAAAUAAAACUUUUACUUGAGGAGGUAAAUCGUGUUCUUGACAUUUCCUGGGGGGAAAUGAGUAAUUUAUGACACCGAAAAUUAUCGUCGGAUGUGUGGAGUGUUUAACGGAGGGUAAGAGAAGGAAAACAAGUUAACGUGUCUGGAUGUUUCAUAACAACACGCUUAGUGGCUGAAGCAGGAACGCAAGUGUGGUUAUUAUUAUGCAGGACGAAAUGGGCGAGAACCAACCGUCGCUACGACUUUGUGAUGUGGAACGACCUUCCGCGGGUUCAUGUGGAUUCCAUCUGACCCGAACGGUGUGCGAUCCGUACCCGUGGGUAAGUGAAGUUGAGUCGGGAUCAGCUGCAGAGUCUGCGGGACUCCAGGCUGGAGAUUGCGUGCUGGAGGUGAACGGAGAGGAUGUCCUGGGUCAGAGGAUUGGUGACGUCGCCUCCAAAGUGCGGGCAAGAGGUGACCGCGUCACUCUGCUGCUCUGGAACGCCGGGUCGGACCCCCACAUCGCAGCAACAAGUAUCUCUGGAAAUGGGACGACGCCAGUGAGCCUUCAGCGUCUGUCAAGUUGCCUUCAGUCAGUUAUCCAGCUUCUGGAAUGUCCGGUGUGUCUUGAGACGAUCCCUCCUCCAGCAUUCCAGUGCUGCAAUGGUCAUGUUCUUUGUGGAAGGUGUCGAGCCAGGGCCGACAGAUGCCCGGUGUGCCGAGUGGGUCUUGGUCCGCGAGGAAGAUGUCUUCUUGCUGAUAAACUUCACAGCCUGCUGACAACAACGCUAAGCCACUACAAACAAAAGAGUCCGGAAAAUAAGAAGCAGGUUCGCAACCAAUCUGUUCUCUAUCUUAAGUCACGCAUUAUAGCAGACCCUGUUCGGGGAACGGCUGGUGAUCAAACAAAAUCGAGAGCAGGAACGUCAAAUGGAAAUCCAACAACACAAGAUUUUUUUGAAAUUUCUUCUGAAAUGACACAACCGAAAGAAAAUUCUUCUGCAACAACUGAUGAUGUGGAUGAAAAACUUCAAAGUUCUCGUGCCUUGGUAAAACCUAAAGCCUCUUCUGGAGAAAAUAACACAACGCGUAAUGGCCAUCUGUCGGUGAGACAGGUCAGUGAGCAGAUAACAUCUUCCUUCAUGGAAGGAGCAUCACCUUCGCCUCUGAGAACACGUUCUUUGUCGGCGGGGCAGAUUCCAACCGGAAAUGAUUCGGUUUCAGCAAAAACAUCCUGCAGUGAGGCUGGUGAGCUCUUUCUACACUGUCCAUUCCAAAACAAGUCAAAGCCACGCUGCUGCAGUAUCCUGAACGGUUCACGCACCUUGCUACAACAUCUGCGCGAAGUCCAUCAAGGCCCUCUGGUCCAGUAUUUCAUUCAGCCGUCGUCCUCUGGAGUAACACUUCGGCUUCCGUCAUCAAGUUCCAAGGCCUUGAUGUCGUUCACGGCUUACGGCGAUGUCAUAUUCUUUGUCGAAGUCGCUGCUGGAGCGAGGCCCGGACACCUCCUCGUCUGGCUCUGGCUUCUGGGUGACGCAGUACAAGCUGACCGCUACCGCCUACGGCUGACACUGCCAGAGGGAGACGCCCACACUGGACCCGUGUUCCCGCUGACGGCGUCUUGGAGCGACGUCGUGAACAGCAACUGCUGUCUGAGCAUCGAGGAACGUCGUUACAUUCGUGGUAAUCCAGAGGUACAACUGGAAAUUCUAGACGUACUAAAAAACAGCUAGAACCAGCUUAUCCUAAAGAUAUAUUACAGCCAUGAGUUCUAUCGGAUGACUGAACCAAGAAUCUUAAUAUUAUAUGAUCCAGUAUAAACAAAAAGACCUGUUCUUAACUAUUACUUUUACGAGUCAGUGUCUUUAUUGAAAAACUGUUAGUUUCUGGGGUGGCCAAGUUGUUUUCCGCUUUUAUUUAAACCAGAAAAUUCAUUACUAUCUUCACAACAGGCCGGCAUGGAACACUAUCUUGAGUCAGCUGAAUUAAUUCCACGCCCUCAAACACUAUUUACAGCUGUACCCAAUCUCCCAAUUGUUUUCUAUUUACUGUUUUCGGAUAAAUGUUUUUAUGAAUUUCUCAUCUCUGCCAUGCGUGCUAUAUGUCUUGUACAUCUCUGUAUUAUCCUAAUAAUACCUAGUGAAAAAGAAGUUCCGACCUAGGUGUAAAUAAGAUAAUAACAUAACAAUAAAACUACUAUGUGAAGGUGUAGUCUGGAUUCAACUGGCUCAGGGUCUUGUGAAUUCGGUAAUGACGGUAUUCUUUAAAAUAAAAUGACAAGCAAAUGAAUCUAG